CUCGGCGCUACCGGCACCGGCAAGUCGGCGCUGGCGCUGCAGCUCGGGCUGCGCCUCGGCGGGGGGAUCGUCAGCGCCGACUCCAUGCAGGUGUACAAGGGCUUGGACAUCAUCACGAACAAGGUUUCUCCCCAGGAGCAGCGUCUGUGCAGACACCACAUGAUCAGCUUUGUGGAUCCCCUUGUCUCUAACUACACAGUGGUGGAUUUCAGAGACAAAGCCGUGGCUCUGAUUGAAGAUAUCUUUGCCCGAGACAAGAUCCCGAUUGUUGUGGGAGGAACCAACUACUACAUCGAGUCUCUGCUCUGGAAGGUCCUUAUCAACACCAAGGAGAAGGCCAGCACGGCCCCCAGCACAGUCACCGACAGGAAAGUGGAGCUGGAGCAACUGGACGGUGUGGAGCUCCAUCGCCGCCUGAGCCAGGUGGACCCAGAGAUGGCGGCCAAGCUACACCCCAACGACAAGCGUAAAGUGGCCAGGAGCCUCCAAGUGUUUGAAGAGACGGGGAUCCCCCAUAGUGAAAUCUUGCACCAGCAGCAGGAAGAAGAAGGUGGGGGACCCCUAGGGGGGCCCCUGAAAUACCCCCAUUCCUGCAUCUUGUGGCUCCAUGCAGACCAGGCAGCACUGGACCAGAGGCUGGAGAAGCGGGUGGAUGACAUGCUGGCUGCAGGACUCCUGGAGGAGCUGCGGGACUUUCACCGACGCUACAACCAAGAGAAGGUGGCCGAGAACCGGCAGGAUUACCAGCAUGGCAUCUUCCAGUCCAUUGGAUUCAAGGAGUUCCAUGAGUACCUCAUCAGUGAGGGGAACUGCUCGCCCGAGACCAGUGCUCUGCUGCUGCAAAAAGGGAUCCAGGCUCUGAAGCAGGUGACCAAGAGAUAUGCCCGGAGGCAGAACAAAUGGGUCCGGAACCGCUUUCUGAGACGUCCCGGGCUCAACGUGCCCCCGGUGUAUGGCUUGGAGGUGUCUGAUCUCUUGCGGUGGGAGGAGGAUGUGCUGAAACCUGCUCUGGAGAUUGUGGAAAGCUUCAUCCAGGGACGUGAGCCCCCAGUAGAGCCUGUGAAGAUGGAGUACGAUGUGAACGAGAACAAGCGGAGUCAUCGUGUGUGUGAGCUCUGCAACAGAGUCAUCAUCGGGGACAGGGAGUGGGCAGCUCACACACGAUCCAAAUCCCACCUGUACCACCUGAAGAAAAGAAGGAAGCUGGAGGCCGCCAGCUGCGCUGCAGAGACCAAGGGGGACAGUGGGGGCACGGAGACCCCUGGCGAGGACAGCAGCAUGUCUGUGCCUUUGCCGUAGGCUGCCAACCAGCUGGCGAAGGGGAGCAGCCGCGCUCCCACCUGCAUGGCGAGGACGCUGAGUCCUGGAUGGCCUGGAAUUGAAUGAGCUGAGUCAUAUUUUUUUAUUUUUUUGGGGGAUGAGGCAGGUGUGUAAGUGACGGGCAAAGGCUGGCAGCUGCAUCGGAUCCUCUUCAUGUGGCCUCAUCGCGCCCUGUUCCCAGGCUUCCCCAGCCCUGCCUGGAAAGGGCUGAGCCCCUGGGGCAAGGCUGCUACCUCCUGCAUCCUCCCAUUGCCAAGCAUUAAUUCCUGCCAGAGACGUAGCAUUAUCCUUGGAAUGACUGAGUCGAUCCUGCUGGCAUGUGAACAUGUCAUUCUCAGAGACAGAAACACCCUGCGCUCCUCCAGCUUGGCCAGGAGUGAAAUCCGGAGCUGAGCGAGCUCUUACUGCCUUUAUUGUGGAGAGGAUAUAUAUAUUUUAUUUUUUUUUUUCCUUUUAUAUGGAAAUAAAGUUGCAGGGUUAUUGUGGGUUCCCCUCCCUAUUA